AUGCGAACCCCCCGCCCCGUGCGAGACGCCACUCCUCGGCGGCGGCGGCACACCGGCACCAGACGUGUGUCUACUGGUGCCGCCGCCGCCGCCGCCGCCGCCGGUCCCUCGCCGCCCACUCUUCUCGGAAAAGUAGUAGUCAGAGGAAAACUCACUCGGGCUGCUCCCCGUGUACGAAUUCGACCAGUAGCUGCUGCUGACCUCGCUGCGCGCGUUCUUGGCCUGCGACGCGCGGCGCUUCUUGUCGCGCCGCAGGCCCAGCAGCAGCAGCAGCGUGCCCGCCGCCGCGCCGAGCCCCAGCCACCCGGCCCCGCUCGACUUCUUCUUCUCGCUGGUCCGCCGCGACGCCGCCGUCGAGGGCCGCCCGCCGCCGCGCCCGCCGCCGAACCACCCGCCGUGCCGGUCGCGGCGGGAAUGCACCGAGGCCGCGCCUCCGUGGCGCGUGUAGCGCUCCUCCUCGAUGACGGUCUCCUCGCGCGAGCUGCGCUUCUUGCCGCCGAAGCCGAGGAGGGCCAUGAGGCCGUUCCAGAGGCCGCGCACGACGCAGCAGGCGCAGAUGAGCAGCAGCAGGAUGACGCCGGCGAUGACGCCGACGACGAUGCCCGCGAUGGCGCCGCCCGAGAGCUUGUUGCUGCUCGUCGUGGUGCCGACGGCCCCGGCCCCGGCGGUCGUGCUCGUGGCGCCGACGGCGGAGCCCGUGCGGGUUGCGGUCGUGGCCGUCGCGCCGCUGGUCACGCGGUAGGGCGCCGAGUACUGCGAUGUCGCGGGGGCGCCCGCUCCUCCGCCGCCGCUGCUCCCGCCACCACUACCGCCGCCGCCGCCUCCUCCGCCUCCUCCACCGACGUUGGGCAGGCACUGGCCCUCGUAGGCGCAGUACUGCCAGUUGGCGCAGCAGAUGGUCCCGCACGCGAUCUGCCCCGUUCCGGCGGCGGGGGUGCACGCCGCCGCGGCGGGCGGAGCGGUCUGGGCGGGGAAGUAGGAGCUGCCCGUGCUGGUGAAGGUCUCGGUCUUGGUCCAGGUGGUGGUGAAGAGGGCGAAGCCGCCGCCGGCGGCGGCGUUGGUGCAGCCGGCGAUGCCGUUGGAGGUGUAGCACUGCUGGCCGUCGGGGCAGCAGAAGCGGUCGUAGCCGCAGUACUCCUGGCAGCCGCGGGGCAUCAGGAAGCCCGCCGAGGCGAGGUCGUGGCUCUCAUCGCGCGGGUAGGGGUGCGCGGCGACAGGCGCCGCGAACAAUGA